AUGGUCCUUUUAUUGGUCGCUGCUUUACAUUGGGGCCUCACGAGGCCUAAACGCUCAAAAUAUCCGUAUCCUCCAGGCCCCAGACCGAAAUUUUUGCUUGGAAACUUAUUGGACAUCCCGGCGAAGAAGAUUUCAAAGGUAUAUGUUGAAUGGGGGAAGCGAUAUCAAAGCAGCGUUAUCCACGCGGAAGCACUCGGAAACCACAUCGUCAUAUUGAACUGCGUUAAAGAUGCAAAAGAAUUGCUUGAGAGGCGAUCCCAGAUAUAUUCGGAUCGUCCCAGGAUUCCAAUGGCCGAGAUAACGGGUUGGGAUUUUUCUAUCGUGUUGAUGCCGUAUGGAGAAAAGUGGAGGACGGCCAGGAAGAUCUGCCAGCAGAAUUUUCGGAAGAAAGUAGCGGGAAGAUUUGAAGCAACGCAUACCAGAAAGAUCAACGAUAUGCUUCGGGCGUUACUUUCGACUCCUCAGGACUUUGCUUUACAUUCCCGAAUGGUGUCGGCGGCUAUCACGAUGUCCACUAUGUAUGGGUACGAUCUAUCGUCCAUGAAUGACCGCUUUGUUAUGGUUUACGACCGAGCUUCAAAUGAGGGGUCUCGAUGGUUUUUGCCUGGUGCCGCACUUGUUAAUUCAAUUCCUGCCUUUCGUCAUCUUCCAUCCUGGUUUCCUGGUACCUGGUUUAACAAGGUCGGAGAAGAGCUGAAAGUUUUGACUACGGAACUGCAAAACGCACCGAUGGACUACGUGAAGAAGAGAAUGCUUGAAGGAAACGCAACGCCCUGUUUGGUUUCUAGGGCUCUUGAGAGCUCACUAUCGGAAGAAAUGGAAAAUUCGGUAAAAGGUGUGGCUGGAACUGUUUACGGUGCUGCCUCUGAUACAACUAUCUCUGCCACCACUACUUUCAUCUACGCGAUGACGACUCACCCAGAAGUUCAGAUGAAGGCUCAGGCUGAACUUGAUCGCGUUGUUGGAACUGACCGCCUGCCUUCUUACGCUGAUCGAGCAUCUUUACCUUACAUCGAGGCCAUCUACCGUGAAUUGUUGAGAUGGAGGCCUCCUCUCAAUAUGGGAGUUCCGCACACGUCCACGAAAGAUGACAACUACGAAGGAUAUUUCAUUCCGAAAGGGACCGUUGUAAUGAGCAAUAUUUGGGCGAUGGCGCAUGACCCGGCUGUAUACCCCAAUCAUGAAGAGUUCGCGCCGGAACGGUUCUUUAACCUUGAAGGGAACUUGAACAAAGAUGACUUUAUUUUGGCCUAUGGCUUCGGUCGAAGGGUAUGCGCUGGCCAACAUUUGGCGAGUUCCACGAUGUGGUAUAUCAUCGCAUCCAUUUUGGCGACUUUUAUCAUCAAAAAAGCCAUAGACGAAAAUGGAGAGGAAAUCGAAAUCGAUGAUGCGUUCACUGAUAACAGCCUCGUCAGCCACAAAACGCCUUUCCAAUGUUCGAUCACCCCGCGCUCUGACAAGGCAAAGAGGCUGGUCCAGGAGACGGGUUUACAACAGUAGCUCACGCGGAAAUCGUUCGACGAUGACAAGAAAGCAGCAGUAAAUUCUCAACGCACCUGCCAAUGGGGACGCCUACUAUUGAGACGUGGUCCAAAAUCGUUUGAGGACGGGAUGGGCAAUCUUCAUCGAAGUUGUCACGAAAGACGUCCUAGUACGAAGCAAGAUUAAGUUUUUCUGCUAUAGGUCAAUCAUAUUUCCUACCCCAUGGACGAUUUUCGGGUCGUGAAUAUAUUCAAAGGGUUUUGAU